AACUUUUCCUUUUCUUUCAUUAGAUCUUCCACUAGGUCUAUUCAUUUCAAUGUCAAAAUUAUUAGUUAAUAUUAAAAGAAUUUUUCUCAACUAUCCUAAUGUUCUACAAAAUUAGAAAGCGAAACUGUACGAAUCAUGAAAACUUGACGAAAACUUUACCAACUAAAAGCUUCGCGUAGUUUUACGAUUUCGAGAUUAACGAGUGCUAAUCGGAUAUUUUAUAAUUUAUCGUUAACUCGUGUUAUUUUUUUCACGGUUCCAUAUACUUAAUUAAAAAGCGGAAACAAUGAAACGAUACUGUUUUAUCGGUAAAUUUCGAUUACAGAGCAGAUGUGUCUCGUAACAGUCCUUUUGAACUACCCUUAAUAUUAAGCGAGUUUUCAAUCGUUCCGUAUCAACCGAAUCAAUGGUCACACGAGAUAUAAAACAGAACUAUUUUGUUCGAAUAGAUCUUUAAACGCGUAACGAAGCUAUGCGAUAAUUUCAUUUUGAUGAUCAUGCGGUAAUCGAUGUUUUAUGAAUAGUAAAAUUAUUAAGCGACCAAUCAUGUUCAAAAAACUAUUAACGCCGUAUAGGCUAAGUAACCUACAGUUAUUUGAAAAGGGUACUAUUAGAUACGCAUCAGAGGUUAUAGCUCCAACAUCGUCCGAUCAGAAUAUCGUUGUCGCAGAAAAAUGGGAUUUAUUAAGUGCUGUUUGUUUGGAACGUCAUCCAGUGAUCACAAAACCGAUGAAGGAUAUCGAAGUACGCUAUGAAAAGAUGUUGCGACAGAUCGAAUUCGAGAAUAGCAUUUUAUCGGAUUUCGAGUUAAAGAAACAAAAAGAAAUUAAGCAGACAACGAAACAAUCAGACUUAGAAAAUAUAACAUUGCAUCAAACGGCACAAGAUUUUGAGGAUGCUUGCGAUGAGGAAUUAAGAAAAUUUCAAUUUGCGCCUAGAGAAAACGGUACAAGUGUUUACGAAACCGAAGAUAACACGAUCGUAUCUUUGAGACGUAAAUUAGAUAAAAAUUUAUUAUUACUGGUAGAACAGAAAAUUGGUGAUGUCAGUUAUUGGAUUCCACCUCAAAGUAUAAGACAACAGAGUGAAACUAUGAUACAGACUGCUCGCAGAAGUUUAGAAGAAUUCUGCGGCAAUAACGUUAAAGUACAGUUUUACGGUAACGCUCCGAUAGGAUUUUACAAAUACCUUUAUCCUAAAAGUAUUCGAGCACAGGGAAAAGACGGAGCAAAAGUUUUCUAUUUUCUGGCAAAGUAUAUAAGCGGCGAUGUUUCUUCUAACGCGAAACAUGGUUGGCUAGAUCGAGAAGAACUGAAGAAAACUGUACAUCCUCGCGUUCAUAAAAGUUUGUCUCAGUUUUUGAUACCGGAUUAAGUUACAGAGUGAUCCAUUGCAAUUUAUGUUUCGGUUGUAUGUUCGGAAAAAUAAACGUGUUCGGUGACAAGUA